UUCCCCAUAAUAAUAAUAAUUUUCUUUUUCGCAGCAUGAGUCAGAAGACGGAGCGUCGCGGCAUCCACGUGGACCAAUCGGAGCUGCUAUGCAAGAAGGGAUGCGGUUACUACGGCAACACCGCCUGGCAAGGCCUGUGCUCCAAGUGCUGGAGGGAGGAGUACCAACGGGUGCGCCAGAAGCAGAUCCAGGAUGACUGGGCCUUGGCCGAAAAGUUGCAGCGAGAGGAGGAAGCGGCCGCCUUCGCCAGCAGUCAUGGCGCUCCAGCCCAGGCCCAGUCCACGCCGCCUCCGCCUUCGUCCCAGUCCUCGCUGGGACCCUUUUCCAAGUUUGAGGAGAAGAAAACCAACGAGAAGACGCGCAAGGUCACGACCGUCAAGAAGUUCUUCAGCCCUUCGUCGCGCACCUCUUCCAAGAAAGACUCGCCGGAGGUGAAGACGAGCAGCCCGUCCGCGAGUCGCCACGCCAGCUUCGACUCAGACCAGGCGUCCAAGGACUUUGCGGACUUCCUGAAGAGCAUGCAGCGGCCCGGCCGAGAGAUCCACAAGCAGUGUCGCAGCUUCCUGCUCGGCAUGUCCGGCAAGAAGGACCUGAACGCAGAAGAAGUGUCGGAGUGCGUUCAGGACUUCUAUCAGGGUUUGGCCGACCGCUUGACGAGUCACUUUAAAGGUUCGUCCGAGUCGGUGGAGCAGGUGAUGGACCAGGUGGAAAAGUACAUCAUGUCCCGUCUGUACAAAAGCGUCUUCUGCCCGGAAAGCACCGACGACGAGAAGAAGGACUUGUCCAUGCAGAACCGCAUCAGAGCCCUCCACUGGGUCAACAUCCAGAUGCUUUGCGUGCCCGUGGACGAGGAGAUCCCCGAAGUCUCCGAGAGCGUGGUCCAAGCCAUCACGGACAUCAUCGAGAUGGAUUCGAAGAAGGUUCCCCGCGACAAGCUGGCGUGCGUGACGCGCUGCAGCAAGCACAUCUUCGCCGCCAUCGGCGGCACCAAGCGCGAGCCGGCGUCGGCCGACGACUUCCUGCCGGCGCUCAUCUACGUCGUGCUCAAGGCCAACCCGCCCAGACUGCAGUCCAACAUCCAGUACAUCACGCGCUUCUGCAACCCCAGCAGGCUGAUGACCGGCGAGGACGGCUACUACUUCACCAACCUGUGCUGCGCGGCGGCCUUCAUCGAGAAGCUGGACGCCCAAUCCCUCAACCUCACCCCGGAGGAGUUCCAGUCCUACAUGUCGGGCCAGGCCUCGCCGCAGUUGGACCGGAGCCGCCUCGCCGCCGACUCGGAUCCGGCGGCCACCGACCCGGCGCUGGCCCGGCUCCGGCGCAACCUGGACCUCCUGUCGGAUCUGGACGCCCGCCAAGAGGCGCUGAUGGAGGCGGCCCGCAAGCUGCACGCCGAGCUGCCGGCGUGGUCCGAGAGCGUGCGGCGGGAGGUGCGGGACGCCCUCCAGAAACAGCCGCUGACACCGAGUCGGCCCGCCGUCACGGACGAUGCCCACUGCCCCCCCCAAAGAUCUGGCGGCCCAAGUUUUGGCUGACUAAUGCGCUACAAACUUGACACAAGUCCACGCAUUCCAUGUAUUUAUCUUUGUAAGCUUUUGUGAUGAACUCCACUCCAUGUUCCGUAGCCUCACUCCAAACUAUACAAAACUUGAACGUGGCAUCGAGUCAACGCUGCUAUUUCUUUUUUUUUUUAAAUAAACAGAUGACAUUUUGGACUUUUAUU